GAACUUUAACAGCACUUCUUCACGAGUAAUGGCGUCUAUGUGAAACAGUCCGACAGCAAACAUUGAACAGGAACGAAGCUCUAAAGAGACUAACAGAUCGAGCCGCUCAAAUAACAGAUUUAAACGAGGGUUAAUUUGCUCGGUCCAGAUGCCGGUGUCAGUAGGAUCGUAUGGACAGGCUCAGCAGCCCAACUGCUUUGACAAAGUGAAAAUGGGCUUCAUGAUGGGUUUCGCAGUGGGCAUGGCUGCAGGUGCUAUGUUUGGAACCUUCUCUUGUCUCAGGAUCGGCAUGAGGGGUCGAGAGCUGAUGGGAGGAGUCGGUAAGACUAUGAUGCAAAGCGGAGGCACGUUUGGAACCUUCAUGGCGAUUGGGAUGGGUAUCCGCUGCUGAGAUCACACAAAACCUAUAUCUAACUUCAGGACUUUAAGCCAUUUCGGGAUUCAUUUGUCACCACACAAAUCUUCAAGGACACGGGUUUCAAUAAAGACAGAAUGUUCUGGAAAUCCUGAGCUCAGUGUAAGAUCUAGAUGUUGAUUUUAUUAGAUUAUGAUUAUUUAACCAAAUGGAAUGGGUAACUAACUUCCCAUCUAGCAUCUGGGUAAAAUUACUAUAAAGUGACUAAAGAUUGUAGUUGUUUAUUCAGGACAACACUACACUACCUUUACGGUUUAGCCAAGAAAUAGUAUGCACUUACCUUGGGGUGCUGCUACGUUAGUACCAUCUAAAGGGUUGACAAUUCCAGGAUAGUCUUUGCCGAAUGAAAGAUGUUUGAUUUGGUGUGUCAUGUUGAUCUAGUGUCACAUCAAGCAAAUUGAAUUAGGUCUAAUGUGGAAGAUAAUAGAUGUUAAAGCAAGAUCAAAGCAAUGAAGCCACUUACGUUGUCCAGACCAAAACUCUGCAGAUCGUGAACUAGAAAUAAAGAAACGAAUGAUUAAGCCAUGUUAAUAAUUGUGAAUUUGAUUAGUCAAAGGCAAAGCAAUAGUACAUUUAAGUUGUAUCAACUGAUGAGAAUCAUGAAACAAUUAUUAAACGCUUUAGAAGCCACUGUGAUGUCAAAUCACAAACUAUUUGUUAAUCGCUAAAUCACACAUUAUGUGCAUAGAAAAAGGGGUUGCCUAUAUAGUGAUGUAGUAACAAGGUAAAUUCUAACUUGCUGUUUAAAUGUAAGACGUGACAUAAAAAUUUAUUAAAAAUAUAAAAGGUCGACUUACUUUCCACAGCAUGCACUGCAGAAAGAAGAGAAAUAGGUCACUUAAUGGGUUUUGUUUUUGGAAAGCAAAGUUUUUAUGAGGUUUUGACAACCCUUUAAAUUCAAAAGAAACUUUAAUAGCCAAAUGUUUUUGAGUCUUUUCCUGCAGUAGAUCUAUCAAUCCAGGUUUGGUUUAAGUGUAUCAGUAAAGUAUUAGGAUAUGCAUUAAAGCCAUUAAAAGAAA